GACCUUCAUUGCGCAUGCGCGCGCUGACGGGGUAGCGAGAUCACUGUAAUGCCGACGUCUGUGGAGACCAAGCAAAGCAAGAAAGCAGGCGAUAAGCGGAGCUCCAGCUCCAGGACUGUGGACCUGCUCUGCUCUGUCAAGUACAAGAACAAUCUCCCCGACGUUCCCUUUGGUCCAAAGUUCCUCAGCUACCCCUUUGACUCCCAGAGGUACAUUCAGUACAAUCCAACAAGUCUUGAGAGGAACCACAGCCAUGAGCUGCUGACUGAGGUGGACCUCGGUAUACCCAUUGACCUGGUCCUGCCUGAGACAUAUGAGAACAACGAUCCUUCAGCCUCGCUGGACCCGACAGACGCAGCUCUACUGGAGGAAGAGGUCCUCCAACAACCUGAGUCAAAAAGAGCGAAGCAGCAUGCUAGAAAUGUGUCUUGGCUACGGAGGACGGAGUACAUAUCGACGGAGUACUCCAGACCCCAUUCCUCCAUGGAGGGAGCUGAGAACAAAGUGGGGUACAGUGUGAAGAAGAGACUACAGAGUAUGGACACAUACAAGGACAGAGCCAGUCAGAUUUCAGCUAUCGAGGCUACGUUUGAGGCAGCCAAACAGCCUAUCACCAAACACUACAGUAAACCUGGGGUGACAGCAAAAACAGUUCACCCUCUCUUCCCAGACUUUGAUCUGUGGAAACUGCCGUUUGCUCAAGUGAUAUUUGACUCAGACCCAGCAGUGGCAGGCAAGAACCCGGGCCAGCAGAGCAAGGAGAUGUCAAGAGCCAUGAUCAGUCUCCUUUCCUCUUCUCUCCUUCCACUCUCUCUCUCUCUGUGUAAACACACCUUUAUAACCCACCUACUCUCCCUUGUAUCCUCUGCCUUGUGUGAUGGUGAAGGGAAUGAUGGACGAGAACAACGAACAGUUUGUGGGCCUACUUUCUCCCACACCAGACUCACUCCGCACCAGACCACUCGGAGAGAGCUGAGGCCCCUCGAGCGGAGACCACGAACACGAAGAUGAGUCAUACGUCUGACUAGGAAUACAAUGGGUACGUGAAAACAAAGCCAGCAAAGGAUACGAGGGCAAACCUCUUUCUUUAUGUGGUGAGGCCUAGCUGAAGGUAAUCUUUUACAACGAGAUGAGACAGGUCCGAAGUCAGUGUGUGGCACGGAGAAACUGAGGAUAGUGAGGGGUCUCUGUCUCUCGUCUCCAGGGUGCAGCUGAGGAAAAUGAGAGGAGAGGUCGGACCGGAGAGUCCAGCCAUGACCUCCAAACUAGUAUUGUGAA